CCGCGGGAGGCGUCCGCGUAAGUGGGGAGCCGGGUCCGCGGGGACCCUCCCCGCGGGCGGGGGGGGCCAGGCACUGCCCCAGCCUCUGGCGCCCUGGCGCCGGGACCCCCAGCGAUCCGCGCAGACCCCUUCCCCGGGGGGUGGGGGCAAUGGGCUCGCCAGCGGGGGGGGGGGGGAAUACCCCUGUACCCCGCCGAUCUGGCCACCUCCCCGCGGGCCUUCCCACUCUCAUUUGACCGCAGGCAGCGGGGAACGAACGCCCUCCUUCCUGAGCCAUUACCUUUAGCCUGUGCUCUUUGGGGGGAACUGGGGAUCCGCAAAGCGAAGCAGGCCAGGGGGAACACCCCUCUGUGGUACUAAGAGCACCCCUCUCCGGGCCCCCACCUGCCCGAGUGAUCCAGGGUGACCCCGUGGCCCUUCUGUUUAUCGAGGAAGAGUCCACGGGUAGAGUAUCCAGCCAGGUGGCUGUCGAGGGGCGGGGAAGGGGGCCUGGGUCGAGCCACAAGAUAAUUGUCAACAUAUUAUGUGGUUUACAUGCAAUUUCUCAUCUAAUACUCACUAUCGUGAAAUUUGUCAGAACAAGAUGAAGCUCAUCAUCCUGGACCACUACUCCCAGGCCAGUGAGUGGGCGGCCAAAUACAUCAGGAACCGCAUCAUCCAGUUUAACCCAGGGCCAGACAAGUACUUCACGCUGGGGCUCCCCACCGGGAGCACCCCCCUCGGCUGCUACAAGAAGCUGAUCGAGUACUACAGGAAUGGAGACCUGUCCUUCCAAUACGUCAAGACUUUCAACAUGGACGAGUACGUGGGCCUCCCCCGAGACCACCCCGAGAGCUACCACUCCUUCAUGUGGAACAACUUCUUCAAGCACAUCGACAUCCGCCCGGAAAACACGCACAUUCUGGACGGGAACGCGGCCGACCUGCAGGCCGAGUGCGACGCCUUCGAGGAGAAGAUCCAGGCCGCGGGCGGGGUCGAGCUGUUUGUCGGAGGCAUCGGCCCUGAUGGACACAUCGCCUUCAACGAGCCGGGCUCCAGUCUGGUGUCCAGGACGCGGGUGAAGACGCUGGCCAUGGACACCAUCCUGGCCAACGCUCGGUUCUUCGAUGGAGAUCUCGCCAAGGUGCCCACCAUGGCCCUGACAGUGGGCGUGGGCACCGUCAUGGACGCCAGAGAGGUGAUGAUUCUCAUCACGGGCGCCCACAAGGCCUUUGCUCUGUACAAAGCCAUCGAGGAGGGCGUGAGCCACAUGUGGACCGUGUCGGCCUUCCAGCAGCACCCCCGCACGGUGUUCGUGUGCGACGAGGACGCCACCCUGGAGCUGAAAGUGAAAACCGUCAAGUAUUUCAAAGGUUUAAUGCUUGUUCAUAACAAGUUGGUGGACCCCUUGUACAGUAUCAAAGAGAAAGAAACAGAAAAAAGCCAGUCUUCUAAGAAACCAUACAGCGACUAGCCUGUGCUACUUCUAGUUCCCAGUGCCUCACUGGGACAGGCAGGUCUUUCUGGACAUUGUCUGUAGGACAGAAUUGUAUUUCUUGAAUCCAGUACAGUUGCUCCAGAUAAACGUGUGAACUUCCUUUUCUGGCUCUGCGGUGUGGAGUCUAGUCAUUGAGUUUAACUAUUUACUUAUAACUUACUGUCAAUCAGAAAAAACAAAUCACUCCGUAUUUUUGAUGUGUGCCUCACCGAUCGAUCAGGGGAUUCGGCUUGCUCUUGUGCCUUUGACACUGUUCACAUGUACGACACACCCCGGGCGGGAAUUUCUAUCCUGUGCACAGAUUCUCAAUUGAGGGCGAGAGAGGGGCUCCGGCGUGUUGGACGAGGACUCCGCAGUCUUGAGAGCCCCUCCCGAGCAGGCCUUCCCUUGCCUUGAGACUCGCUGCUGCAGAGGAAGGAGCAGAGGCUCUUAGGUCUGAGUCGAGUCUAGGAAGCAGUCCUUCUGGUCCGUAACAAGCACCACGUGAAGCAAACUGUCCCUUCCUUCCCCUCGGUUUUUCUGCCCUGUUGGCCUUUCUGGAAACUCAGAGGACUCCUUGGGGAGGAUGUGGGUGGGUGGGGCUGGAGAGGAGGCUUUUGCUGAUAAACGUCAAAGCCUCGGGUGGCCCGUCCGGGUCACAUUCCCCUGCCUCGGGGACCUUCCGGGGGCGAGAGGAAGGCGGAAACCACUUGCCCACCAGAGCCCUGUGUUUUGUUUCAAGGUCUCACUGUGGAGCCUCUGCACAUACUCAGGCAUGAGGAGCUCCCCUGGGGCAACAGACGCUGCUGAGAUUCGGUGCUGGGCUCCGCCAAGGGGACAGGCCAGGCCAGCAGCUCCACUGUGAGUGCAGGAGCAACCACCAGGGACAGGAGCUCCUGCGUCCCUAAGAGCUAAGCGCCAGGACACGCAGCACCUGUUUCUAACGUUGCCUAAUAGCCUCUGGCAUUUAAAAUACCCGGCCCUUCCACCCCUCCAGCCCUCCCGGGUUCGAGGGGCAAGGCUGAUGUUCCCAGCACAUCAGGAGCUGCCAUGCGCUGGCCCUCAUCCUUCACGCCACUGCCCUGAUGCUUUGGAUGCUGCCGCCCCUUGUCCCUGUCGUUGUCCCUGUUUGAAGCUGCUGCCGCCUCUAUUUCUGGGAAGGAUCUGUGAGAGCCAGGCUCAGGCCUCUCUUUAACUGCUGUGUUUUGAUACCAGCCUGUCAUCUUUAGCUCUCUUACAUGGCUGUGCUGUCACUCUGUUUUAAACCAGUGGAUCAAUGGAUUUGUUUACAAUGUGAUAUUUUCUAUUAAAUCAGUAUUUUCAAAUAAAA